ACCUUCUUAGGAGAAACACAGAAGCCAUUUGGUUCUUCAUCUCCUCAACUGAUCUCUCUCUCUCUCUCUCUCUCUCUCUCUCUCAAGUGCUCCUUUGUGAGUAGCUGAGUGUCCUUGGCCUAGUGAAUUUUUUGGUGCAAUCCGUUGCCAAAAAAUGGAAAGCCAGGGAUGCUGCAGCAACUUCUUUCAAAGGUCCAAGCCUUACAUCGCCAUGAUCUCACUUCAAUUUGGCUAUGCGGGCAUGAACAUUAUCACUAAGGUCUCCCUCAAUAGAGGAAUGAGCCACUAUGUUCUCGUCGUCUACCGCCAUGCAUUCGCCACUGCUGUGAUAGCGCCAUUCGCCAUCAUUCUCGAGAGGAAGGUUCGACCGAAGAUCACGUUUCCAAUUUUCAUGCAGAUAUUUGUACUGGGUCUUCUUGGGCCAGUGAUUGAUCAGAACUUUUAUUAUGCUGGGCUGAAAUUCACCUCCCCCACCUUCUCUUGUGCCUUGAGCAACAUGUUACCUGCCAUGACAUUCGUCAUGGCUGUUCUAUGCAGGAUGGAGAAAGUAGACAUAAAGAAAGUAAGGUGCCAGGCAAAGGUAAUAGGAACUCUAGUGACAGUGGCGGGAGCAAUGUUUAUGACCUUGUACAAGGGGCCUAUUGUAGAGAUGGUGUGGUCCAAGUCCGUCCAUCCUCGUAAAUCCUAUGUGACAAACACCACAGAUGUGACUGACAAAGAAGACUGGUUCAAGGGCUCCAUUCUCCUCAUCAUAGCCACACUAGCUUGGGCAGCUUUCUUCAUCUUGCAGGCUAUAACAAUGAGGAGAUAUACAGCUCACCUCUCCCUCACAGCACUAGUGUGCUUUAUGGGCACUCUUCAGUCAAUUGCUGUGACCUUUGUCAUGCAGCACUCCCCUUCUGUCUGGACCAUAGGCUGGGACAUGAACCUUCUUGCUGCUGCCUAUGCUGGAAUCGUCUCUUCGAGCAUUGCGUACUAUGUCCAAGGGCUAGUCAUGCAAAAAAGAGGGCCUGUUUUUGUCACUGCCUUCAGCCCUCUGAUGAUGAUCAUAGUAGCCAUCAUGGGAUCUCUCAUCCUUGCAGAAAAGAUUUACUUAGGAGGUGUCCUUGGUGCCAUAUUGAUAGUUGCAGGCCUGUACUCAGUCCUGUGGGGCAAGUACAAGGAACACAGAGAGAAACAGGCCAUGGAAUCCAUCCCAGAGGCUAUUAAGGGCAUUGAAGGAAACAACCUUCCCAUGAUAGAAGACACUGAAGCCAAUGACAUUGAAUCUGCGAUAGCAAAAGGUAACGAGAGCUCUCUCGGUGACCAGGCCGUCAGCGUUCCCGUUAGUGUCCCACCACCCAUGAAAGCUAACGGUAACUAGCCGUUAAAGUUAGUUAAAAGGAGAGAGACAAAGAGAGACAGAGAGAGAAUGUAAUGCUUAAGGGAGGGCAAUUUUGUCAUUUCCCUUCUUACCUUUUUUUUUGUUUUUUUUUGGAUUAAUUACGGGGCCUGGGUUUUCUACAUAUGUACGCUGAUAUUCUAAUAUAGUUUUGAAGAAAAAUGGAAAAUUUCCAGAGAAUUGUAGAAUCUCUUUUUAAUAGAGGUUUGGUG